GCGUGCGCGUUCACGCGAAGGGAGGGGGGAGAUUUUCGCCACAACACCGGAAACCUCACAAGUCGCAGGCAGGUUUGACCGCAACGCAAGUCACAGGUGACAACGCCAGAUAGCACAAUAUGGCUGGGACAGACCUUUAUGGGCAUUCAUUUGUUUAUUGUUUUUUUCAAAUGAGUUUUUAAGGGGACCUGGUGAUAGGACAGGCUCAUUUGUACAUAGGCCUUUGUGUGCUGUCUCUCUUGAAAGUUUUCCUCCAUAGACUUUUACAACAAGAAGUUGAAUGCCCCGGACGGACGGCUUUCCGCAUUGUUCGCAUAGGAAUCGAAAGUUAAAUGACGCUGUCACGAAAUACAUAAGGUGAUAAUGAAACGAACCUGACAGAGCAACACAACAAGCCCACACCUGGUCAGACGUAUGUUGAUGGUAACGACGGAAUGAAAACAACAAUUUCACUGGAACUUCUAAAUAAAAUAAAUGGAUACACGGCCAUACGAGACAACGCAGGGCAAGAGCUCCACCAUGCCACACAGAGAAUGCAAUGAAGAGUCACGUGACAAGAGGCCGCGCGAGGGACCUAUCAAACAUGUCACUGCGGAGGAGAAACGACCUUUGGGAAGAAUGAGAAGUCCGCCUAGACACAGAAUAACUGGUUCGUUUAGGCAGAGGUUUGGAGGGAGAUUCAACAGACCACGAUUCAUAAGGGAUGAUCAUUCAUUCCGGAAGCCCCGCUUCAGUUUUGGGUUCCAGAGAUACCACUCCUUUACCCCCCGCCCACGGUUUCACUGGAGAGACCAGUCCGACCCCCCUGGGCCCCUAGGCCCACCACAAGACCCAUCAGGCUCCAACAGCCAGUACAGUGACCAGAGGAACAUGGACAGGAACUCCCCCGCCAAGUCCUCACCUAAAGGACACACCAGUGCUCUCAGGUCUUCUGCAGGUGCCAGCAGAGAGGAGAAGCAGCCUGUGUCGUUCACAGUGGCUCAAAAGAAGGAGAGAUCCCACAGCAGAGAGGGAGAAAGAGAGAGGGAUAGAGAGCUCCCCUCCACCGUGAGCAGGGCCGCAGCACGAAACAGAACCAUCCAACAGAAGAGGAAAGAAAUAGAAAAGGUGUACCGUCAGGACUGUGACACGUUUGGUGUGGUGGUGAAGAUGCUGAUAGCAAAAGACCCCUCCCUGGAAGGGCCCAUCCAGUUGUCUCUACAGGAGAACCUCAGGGAGAUUGGCCUGCGCUGUGUAGAGGCCAUGCAAGAGUUCAUUGAGGAGUAUGACACCAGGGAACCAUCCACAGUGAUACGCACACAUGCAUCUUUGUCUUAACCUGUGUAAGUGGCUGGCUUCUCUACCAAAACACCGAUUGUGGUGUUUUCAUGCUGAUUGGUUAUGUGAUAUUGGGUAUGUAAACUUGUGAGCUGGUCUGUCCUUGAUCAGUCAGGCCAAAGUCACUCCUGGUGCUCAGCCUUCUGGAAGCUCUGUGUCUGCUGCUGAAACUCAAUAAUUUAUGUUUGUCAACUUUCAAUAUUACUCGUGAUGAUGUAAGAUACAGCUAUUGCACUUGUGCUUCCUACCAAAGUGUAGUUCAUGAAUUCCAAGCCCUGUAUUAUAUUGAAAUGUUGUCUUUUUAUUGAAAAUGUAUUUAUGACAUGAUUAAUACAUGAGCUAUAAUAUUUUUUAUAUACUAUGUUGAUAUACAAGGGGGAUUUCUUUCAAUACAGUUUCUAUUUACACAACCUUUGGAUAUUCUCGGAGCAUAAAAAUCUGUUCUUGAAAA